AUGGGUCCCGCCGAACGGCAUCCCGAGGCCGUCCCGGGCACUGUCCAUCUCGUUGAUCUUGCGGGCUCUUCAGCCUCCGGCGAUGGCGCCGUCGAGCUCGUGCCGCGCCCGAGUUCCGACCCCGAAGACCCUCUCAAUUGGAGCCGCCGUCGCAAGAUGGUCUCCCUCGCCAUGGUUCUCGUCUACACGCUCGGCGUCGGUGUGCCCACGACGCUGCAGUACUCCGUCCUCGCCGACAUCACGCGCGACACGGGCAUCUCAACGGCCCACCUCGUCCAGGGCACCGGGGUCAUGUUCCUCUUCCUUGGCUGGGGCUGUCUGCUGACACAACCCGUGGCCCUGACCUACGGCCGUCGAGGCGUCUACCUGUGCUCGCUGCUCGCCACGGUGCCCUUGAUGGUCUGGACCGCGUACUCGCGAUCGGCCGGCGAGUGGUAUGCGCAUCGUGUUUUGCUCGGGCUCUUCGCCUCGCCCAUUGAGGCGCUGCCUGAGGUGAGCAUCCCAGACAUCUUCUUCGCCCACGAGCGCGGGUCCUGGAUGAGUGUCUACGUUGUUUUCCUCUUCGGCUCCAAUUUUGUCGCACCUCUUGUUGCCGGCUUCUUCGCUGAAGCAUUUGGCUGGCGCUGGACCAUGCACUUUGGCGCCAUCAUUGCCGCCGUCGCUUUCGUCAUCCUGUUCUUCUUCAUGGAGGAGACCAUGUUCUUCCGUCAGACGCUCGAGGGGCUGGAACAGGAACCCCGCGAGCCCGAAGACAAAUCGGCGUGGGCACGCAAUAAGAACACGUCCGAGAAGACUGAGACGCACGCGGCAGAAACAACAACCGUUGCUUCGAUACAACAUAUGCCCCGUGCCUAUGGGCGCAAACUCAAACCCUUCAGCCGCAUGGAAGGCCGCCCGCCCAAGCGACAGAUGUUCCUGUCUAUGAUCCUUCCGCUGCCAAUCAUCGUUCAGUUUCCCAACGUGGCCUGGGCUGGCUUCAUAUACGGCAUCAAUCUCGCAUGGUACCAAGUUCUCAACGCGACCACAAGCCCGAUCCUUAGCGCGGCGCCGUACAAUUGGUCGACCAGCGGCGUAGGCCUCAUCUACCUUGGACCCAUCGUCGGGGCCAUUGUUGGAAGCCUCUGGUCCGGUGUUAUUGCCGACCGCCUCACAUUGAUGCUUGCUCGCCGCAACAAGGGAGUGCGUGAGCCGGAGCAGAGGCUGUGGCCACUUGCGCUUUCGUCCAUCCUGUCAUGCAUCGGCCUCAUCGUAUGGGGUGUUGGCGCGAGGCACAACGUACACUGGGCAGGACUGGCCAUCGGCCUCGGCAUCUUGACUGUCAGCCUCGUCACAGGCGGCUCGAUUGCCCUCUCAUACAAUGUCGACUGCUUCAAGGAUAUGAGCGGCGAUUCGACUACCUCGGUCAUCAUCAUCCGAAACACGCUGGGCUUUGCCAUGUCGUACGGCAUCACGCCCUGGUAUACGAACAUGGGCUUACAGAACUGCUUUAUCGUGGCAGGCUUUCUGUCGCUUGCAUGCACGAGCACGUUUCUGCUCAUGAUCUGGAAGGGUAAGUCGCUCAGGCGACAAUCGGCGCAGCGGUACUGGCGGUACGCCGAGAAAGCGAUUGUUGCGGAAUGA